GAACAUUUAUUUAAGGCAAAGUUAGAUAUAAAAAUUGACUAUAAACAGGCCUUGGCAUGCACUCAGUGCACUAAUAGAUUCGACCAAUCAGCGUUGAAUUAGAAAACCAGUCUACGACCCUUGCGACGCUACAAUGCGACCACUGUAGAACCGGCUUAAUAUGUACUCCAUGACACCGUGUGAACGUUAAAGAAUCUCUUGGUUCAAUUUCAAAGCGUUUUUGUCGCGACUCUCCGCUCCCUUCCGCUCCUUACCACCCGGACUCUGAUAAAGAUUGGGCCGUUUUUAACUCGACGACGUUCGCGGCAUGUGCUAUGGCGCGUGAUUGCCUUCGCUCGGCAACGCGGUUGCCAAGUGAAUCGCGAUCUCAGUUGGAUCCAUCAGGUACAAUGUCCGUCAAGACGCGCUCCUCCACCAGGAUUUGCGUGUUCUGCAAUUCGUCGGAGGACAAUGAGCUGGAAUACGGAAAGAUCUACGAGCACAAUGGGAUUGUCACGCACUACUAUUGUCUGCUCUUGUCCUCCAAUAUGGAGCAAAAAGGAAACGACGAUGAAGGUAUACUCGGAUUUCUCGCUGAAGAUAUACAGAAAGAGCUUCGCAGGGGGAAGAGAUUGGUGUGCUCAUACUGCAGGAAGAGUGGCGCUACUCUAGGUUGCUGUAAUUCAAAAUGUAAAUGCAUCUUUCACUUUCCCUGCGGCUUGAAGAACAACUCCCUGCAUCAGUUCUUCGGCGAAUUCAGAUCUUACUGCGCAAAACAUAGGCCAAAGCAACAGAUUGACAACGAAAUUUUAAAACAGACUAGCUCGGUAGACAAGGUAUUAUGUUAUAUUUGUUAUGAUAAUGUCAACACUGAAGAUCUGAUGAAGACCUUGUGGGCCCCCUGCUGUAGAAAGGACGCGUGGUUUCAUCGCACUUGUGUCCAGCAACUUGCGUUGAGCGCGGGGUAUUUUUUCAAGUGUCCCUUAUGUAAUAAUAAGAGGGAUUUUCAAAAGACUAUGCUGGAACACGGCAUUUUCGUACCGAGUCAAGACGCUUCAUGGGAAUUGGUACCAGACGCAUUUCAAGAGCUUUUGUACACGCACAAUCGGUGCGAUGCAUCGAAAUGCCUCUGUCCAAAAGGAAGGAAGUACACAAGUAGUAAUGCUAAAUGGGAGUUGACGCUAUGUCGAACUUGCGGUUCUCAAGGCAUCCACAAGGCUUGCGGGCGGUUGAAGUGGGCUAAUCCGAUAUGGGACUGCAAAGAAUGUACUUCCAUAUUACGUGAUUUGAAUAAACAUGGAAGACUGGACAAUGACUCUACAAUAAAUGGAUCUAGUCAAACUAAGAGUUUUGAUAUGGACUCCAAAUUACAUUCAGACUCGGACUCUGAUUUAGAGUUGGAUUCGAAUAGUGAUUCGAAUAGUAUAGACACAGUUAUCUCCGUGGGAACUGAUUUCCCUGCCAUAUGUUCAUUGGCUAGUACAUCUUCCAUCUCUUUACUGGAUUCUGUUCCAAACGUUGAUUUGCGGCCUGGACCACGAUCUUUUAAGUUAAAGCAGCAGCAGCAAAGGAUUGAGCUAGCCAAAUGUAAGUUGGACAUUCCUGAAAAGGAUGUAACUGAAACUAGUUCAGAAGAAACUAACACAUCGUCAUUGAAUAAUGUCAAUGAGAAAAAGGAACCAUCGACAAGUAUAGAAAAUAUUCCUCCGCAAGAAAGUGUGAAAGAGGGCUCUCUGAAACAAGAACAGUCGUCUAGCAAGAAUAAUGAGAUAUCUAACACAAUUAAAAAGGACGCGUGUGUUAUUGUAAUUGAAAGCGAUGAUGAUGACGAUGUGGAGCUUAUUGAAUUAAAACGAAAAACAAAUGUUCCACCUACACCCACGCAGCAGCUUAAGCAAUUGGGUAACCCGCAUAUCCCUGGUAUGUCAACACUGAGGCAAGCUGCUACUCAGAUGCUGAUAAAUGUAUUAAAAAAUUCAGCAGCAAAGUUUGUCGAUCUUACGAACCAAAGUGCGAAGACACUCGGUUUAUCGGAAGAUGAUAUCAAGGCACCGAAACCUACUGUAUCAAAAUCGGAGGCUUCGAACAAGAGUAAAUCUGCCGUUUUGGAUCAAGUUAGUGUAACGACGACGCUCAACUCCACGUUGGAGCCAGACGAUUCAAAUAGCAACGAUUUGGAAGAGUUACAUGUGGGUGAUACAGACGAUACAUCCGACAUGGGUAUCAAAAUCACCAAUGUUACUUCCCUGCCACCUGAAGUAUUCGAGAGCGUACCUAAUGUAUGCAAUGACAUCACAUCACAUAAGAAUACCACUGAUACCUCGUCCCUGUCUACAAGUGAAGUGUCGACGCAUGUCCUGUCUACAAAACGUAGCGUACAUGAAGUGAGUUGCGCUACUGACAACUACAAGAAGAUCAAGAUAAACGGUUUUGACAACAAAUUACAAAACACGGUUUCCGAGUUAUUCACACAAAUGAAAAACAGAUGUACAGCCACUAACGGUAUUGUAGCAAAUUAUACGAAAGAGAUAAAUAAGCAGCAAAACAAAAGUACAUCUGUGAGCAAUUCCAACGAGAUUGACAAAAAUAAUAAAGUUCCCUUAAAAUCCGAAGUCAACGCCGCAAGCAACACCUACCUGCUGUUCGAUAAUCAAAACGUCACCUUGUCUACGCAAUCUACGUCACUUCAUAAGGCGGAUGAUGCGCGACAAGUGAAUCAACUUUUCACGUCACAAUUGAAAGGAAACUGUGCGAAUGAAAGUACUAACACACAGCAAAGCAAGGAAAAUUCUGCUGCUGCAUACGGAAGUGCAAGGAAAUAUGUGACCCUUACUGAGGGCAAUCCAGUGUUUUUGCAAACUAAUGGUUUUAUUAGUUCGCCGUUUUACUUACAGAAAAUAGCAAAUCCGAACUUGCAAAUCCGUACAGUUGAUCAAAAUGCAGCGAGGACAAGUGAAACGAAUACGUAUACCAUCGAUGCUACACCGUCGACUAGCAUAAUUAUGCCGCCCGUGAGAAAUAAUGUCACUGUGCUCAAUGGCCAACCUAUGCUUGUGAAUCAACCAUUGAUGGCCAGUUGUGUAAAUAGUUCGGAAUGGAUAGCUGCGCCCAUUCAAAUCAACAAAUGCGGUCCAACAACAGCGUUAAAUCAGCAAGAAGCUGCCCCGAAGAGAAAUAUACCCGCUAGUAUAUUUAGUGGAAAUAACUCCUCAAACAUACCCUACUGUGACGGGGAUGCAGGCACCGAGGCUGUUCCCGCCAAUCGGAAGAGGGACGACCACCCGAACGUCGACCACAAAAGCAUGGUCGCCCCAGAUGCUUCCCAAAGGGACAACCGUAGUGCCCGUAGCGUCUUCCCACAAGUCACCAACAAUUGUAACACCUGUCAUCAACCUAGACUGAUACCGCGCUACAUGAAUUUACAAGACCUUAAAUUUCAAGUCCGCGAUUCGAAGAACAUUCAGAUGACUCUAUACGAUAUUUUCUCCGUAAAUAUCGCGACGAAGACGCCCAAGGAGAGUAAGAAUCGGCCGGCGGCCGCGUCGCGGAAGUCGAGAGACUCGUCCAUCCUUGCGUCUCGCGAAGCUUCAUGUAGCUCAGAUUACUUCGACAAUAUCCCGACUGAGCGACAACGCUCCGACAAGAUUCUUCGCACCUCGAGGAACGAGAGUUGUUCAGUUAACGACAGAAGUGCAUGCGCUAGAUACAUGACGCGCAGCCAGGACGAUGCCAAAGAGAAUUUAGAUCCGAUAAGGUCCAGAAUUCUCUCGCGUAGUGGUAUAUUAGAUAAUACAAAUCCGGCGAAUAAUAUUGAUGACCUUGUGACUACGGGUGGUGAGACUGACGGUGAGACGCGUCUCGUUUCCAGUGAUAUUAAUUUAAGUGCAUUAAAUGAGACAGCGUAUAAUACUAAUGCAGAUAGUAUUACGGACAGUGCACCGUUCGUCCAAAGUAGUUACGACCGAGGUUCACGGGUCAAUGUAGAUGUACAGCAGCACAAAGUGCCCGCGUGUAAUGCAAUUCCCAGGGCUGCCGAAGAGAGACCCGGGGCUAGGCUAUUUUGUAAGGAGACUAAUGGAAUAGUACACAAUGUCGAGUUUGAUUUGAACGUGAUUAAUAGAAAUAAAAUUGUUGAGGAAGUGUUGCAAGAUGAUGUUGCUGUUCUGACGAGUCAACGUACUGAUGGCGACAGAAUUAGCAAUGAUACAGAUGAUUCUCCGACAUUACGGAACGGUUAUAAAUCUUCAGACAAUACGAACGUUAUGACGAAAAUUAAUAAUAGUAACAUCGCACACGUUUCGAACAUUACAAGAUUUAAUGAACAUAGUAUCUCGAAUAAGCAGAUAGAUAAAUGCGACACUGGGAAGUUCAUUCAGCGCAUGACGUUUCAGGAAAACUCUGCACGCCGCAAUGGUGAGACUAGGACGAAAGAUAACGAGUUUAGCUUCAAAGUGAGCGUUGAUUUGUGGAGGAUACAAAGCCUAAUUGAUUCUAAACCGGAAUUGUUUGAAAAUCAAGUUCGUAAUGUUAAUCAGCGGUGUAGGCAUACAAAUCGGUUAAUCGGCCUAGAUUACUGUUCUAGCCAAUUAAGAUAUUGUGAUAUUAAAAGUAGUGACGGUAAUCGUUUGUCCAAAAGUAAAGAAUUGCAAAAGUCAAAUUAUUCGUAUAGCGUCGAACACAUGCAACGAGAUGCCUUUCCCAGUACGAACACGUUCCUACAAUAUCAGAAGUCGAAUCGGGGAAUUCAAGAUUUCGAUAAGGAUAUCUUGGACAGGUAGAAUUGAGAAUUCUGUAUGAUAGAAAGUAUAAACUGUGUAAAACAGAAAAUAUUUGUUAAAUAAUAGGGUAAUACUGAAGGAGAGGGGUUUCCUCGCCGAUUUUGAUGAAAAUUUACAGGAUCGUGUAUUUUUGUCUGUGAAACACGAAUCCGCAAGUUAAAAUUGUCGCUCGGCACUAAUAAAAGAGUUAUAAAUUGUUAAUUACACAACAAUUAACAAUUUAUAACUCUUUUAUUAGUGCCGAGCGACAAUUUUAACUUGCGGAUUCGUGUUUCACAGACAAAAAUACACGAUUCUAUAAAUUUUCAUGUAUUGAAAUAAUGUAUUGAACUGUUUGAGUUCUUGGUUAAAGCCGCUCCCGUAUAGUGUCGAUAAGACAGGUAUCCUAGCCCCACAACUGUCAGAUUUUAACAAUUUGUAACUUUUUUUAUUAGUGCCGAGCGACGAUUUUAACUUGCGGAUUCGUGUUUUACAGGCAAAAAUACACGAUCCUGUAAAUUUUCAU